UUGUGCCAAGAAAAGCUGUCUGUAUGUACAUACAUACAUUAUGGUAGAGAAAUGGCAGAAAUCGGGUUAGAUGUUAGUGGUGCGCUGUGCCACGGUUAAGUGGUCCUCUAUGGCAUUCAGAAAACUUCCGCUUCAAAGGGUUUGAUUACACAGCGCGGCGGUGGCUAUAAAUGCGACUGUCAACCAGAUUUCAGCAUUGUGAGCUUUCGUACGCCGUCAAUGGUUAAAGACUUUCAAGUUGGUAACGAAGAAAUUUCGCAGAUACAAGUAGUUAAAAUCUAGAAAGCGAAAAGUGUUUAACUUUAAACAUGUUGUAUAUUAUAAUUUUAAUCUUACAACUGUUGAGUGCCCAUUGUGGCGCUCAAUACUCGCACGCACGUCGCGAUCCACGCAUCCGUCUUACGGGUACUAACAACACCAAUGAUCAGUUGCAUCUCAACGAUCAAAUCGCGACACUCAAUGCAACGGCUCUGUACGGUCAGUUGCCGACAUAUGGUUACAGUCAACCAAAAUAUGCGACUUCACUGCGUGCCACGCCGCCUGAUGUGGCCAAAUAUCGUAAUCUCGGUAAUUACUUCCAAGUUAUUCCGCCGAAUACGCAACUAGCAAUGUUGGAACCGCCUGUCGCCACCGCCAAACGAGAACUCAAGCAGCAUUCGGAGUAUUUAACGCCGUUUUCAUUCAGUCAUCGUGUAUUACAUUUGGGCAACGAACACACACAGGACUUGCGCCGUCGACGCUACACGAAUUCGAGCUACAAUGCUGAUUUUUCACAAAACGAUUUGAAAGAUUCAAAUACCCUCCGCGCUGUUGACCGAGCUUUGCCAAUAGUCUCAACCACUAGAAGAACACAGCGAGUACCGGAGGAGAAUGUACGUAAUUCGCAGAAUCAAAGAGAGCAUCCAAGAAUAAUUCAGCAGUCGCAAUCUUUUCAGUAA